AUGGAAUUAUUUACAAGAGCUAGAAAUACAUUGUUUGGAGCAACUCAACCAAGAAAUGUUCAUUCACUUGAGAAUCUUAAAUAUUUAUAUGGUGUUCUACAACGAAACACAACUGUAUCCGAUGCCAAUCGCGAUUUAUUAACUGAAACACUUCGCAGUAUUUCAGAAAUUCUUAUAUGGGGCGAUCAACAUGAUAGUUCUGUAUUUGAUUAUUUUCUUGAACAUGGAAUGUUAAUUUAUUUUCUUAAUUAUAUGCGUCAAAAAAAUGGACGUUUUAUAUGUGUACAAAUCUUACAAACACUUAAUAUACUUUUCGAAAACAUUCGUGAUGAAACAUCAUUAUAUUAUCUUCUAUCCAAUAAUCAUGUUAAUAAUAUAAUUUCACAUAAAUUUGAUUUUAGUGAUGAAGAAAUAACUGCAUAUUACAUAUCAUUUCUCAAAACACUUUCAUUAAAAUUAAAUAAACAUUCAAUACAUUUCUUUUAUACUGAAAGAACUAAUGAAUUUCCAUUAUAUGUUGAAGCAAUUAAAUUUUUUAAUCAUCCAGAAUCAAUGAUUCGUAUUGCUGUAAAAACUUUAACACUUAAUAUUUAUAGAGUACCUGAUCCAGCAAUGCAUCGUUUUAUAAUAGAUUGUACAGCAACAGAAUAUUUUUCUAAUUUUGUUUGGUUUAUUCGAAAUCAGGUUUUAGAUUUCGAUAAUAUAGUUCGAAAUAAUCGAGAAAUUAAUAAUCGUGGUCAAUUAACAUGUUGUUUAGAAGAAUAUUUGGAUCAUAUACAUUAUAUUCAAGAUAUAUUUUUACUUAAUGUCGAUAGUCUUAAUAAUGUUCUUAAAGAUCAAUUAAUGAAUCGAUUACUUAUACCGGUUUAUAUAUUUUCAUUGAUUAAACGUGAUAAAUUCUCUCGAGUUAAAGAUCCGCGAAUCAUGCUUGAUCAAUUAUCAACUCUUUUUCUACUUGCUGAAAUUUUUCUUGUUAUUCAAUACCGACCUGUGGUUGAAGAAUUAGCUGAUCUCAUUAUUUCAGCUGAUAUUGAAACUGUUGAAGCUAUUCAACAUCGUUACGGUGAACAGAUUUCUUAUAGUUUACCUCCAACGUCUCUUGAAGUCUGUUUAGCUAAAAAUGAACCGAAUGAAGAUGAUACGAAUGAAUCAGAAAUUUCAUUAAAAGUGGUAGAUAUUAAUGAUGAACAGGAACGACGUCAAUAUGAAGAUGAACGUUCACGAAUACAAACUGCUUCAUCAACAUCGAUUAAUAAUAAAACUAUUGAAUCCAGUAUAAAACCAGCAUCUUUAUAUAUAUCAAAUUGGACUGAUGAUGAAAAAUAUAGACGUAGUAAAGAUCCAAUGCGUUUGAAUAAUAGUCAAUUAGCCGAGAGACCUUAUUUUGAAACAUUAAUAAACGCACUUGAAUGCAAUGAAAAUGAUCAAUUAUGUUUCUAUGCAUUGAGUGUAUUAUUAACUAUGACAACAAAUCCAUCGAUCGAUAGUAUUAUUCUGGAAUCCGUCUGUUUAACAGUCAAAUCAUCAGAAAAAAGUUUUUAUAAUACAUUAUUAGUCGAUAAACUUUGUGAUAUUCUCCUAUCAGCUACAAAACAAGAAACUCAUAUUUCUUAUCUAUCUGAUUAUCAUUUCUCUCAAAUUGAACAAGCACGUAAACAAGCAACAGAUGAUUUAAAAGGAUAUUAUCCACAACAAGAACUUUUACUUGAUAUGUUUGAAGAUGAAUAUCGACAAACGCAAUUAAAUCCAAUACGUAUUGAAUAUUUACUUAAAGAUUCAUGCAUGCUAUUUCAACCAACAACAACACCAUUGAGUGGUGUUGAAUUCAUAAAACGUUUACCAUCGGGUGAUAUUGAACGAGCUAGACGAUCAAUUCGAGUAUUUUUUCUUAUUCGUGCAUUAUUUCUUGAAUUAAGUUUAAUAUCAGAAAUUGAAUUACCAUUAACAAAACCAGAAAAUUUGUUUAAAGAAGAUGAUAAACUUGAUUUAAGUAAUGGAGAUUUAAUUGCUUGUACUAUUCAUAUGAAAGAAAGAAAAGAUCGUCGUUUUCUUGUAAUUGAUCAAAUGCAAUUUAUUCUUAUUGAACCUGAUAUUAAAAAAUCUAAUUGGGGUAUUGUCAAAUUUUGUGAUCUAAUGCAGGAUGUUGAAGUAACAAAUGAUAAAGAAGAUAGUCGUUCAUUACAUAUAACAAUUCAUAAACCUGUUACAAAUAUAUAUGUAAAAACGAGUCCACCUAUUCUUAAUGCAAAAUUUACAUUUGAUGAUCAUAUUCGUUGUAUGACAGCUAAACAAAAUUUAAUAAAAGGUCGUCAAAGGUAUUUUCUAUUGAUUUAUUUUUAUUUCAAUAAUAAACUAAUUAUUUUAUUUUUUUGA